AGCCGUCGGUCGUCGCGCGCAGCCGUCAUGGCAGCGGAGGAGAAGGACCCGCUGAGCUAUUUCGCGGCUUACGGGAGCAGCAGCUCAGGCUCCUCGGACGAGGAGGAUAACAGCGAGCCGGAGGAGACGAGUCGCAGGGCCCCAGAUCCGGCGAAGUCGGCGGGCAGCUGUGGGAACAAGGCAGAGAAGCGGCUGCCGGGCCCUGACGAGCUAUUCCGGAGCGUGACUCGCCCGGCCUUUCUCUACAAUCCGCUCAACAAACAGAUCGACUGGGAGAGGCACGUCGUCAAGGCGCCGGAGGAGCCUCCAAAGGAAUUCAAAGUAUGGAAGUCAAAUUAUGUGCCACCUCCGGAGACCUACAGUACUGAGAAGAAACCUCCGCCUCCAGAGCUGGAUAUGGCAAUAAAAUGGUCUAACAUAUAUGAGGACAAUGGUGAUGAUGCCCCACAGAAUGCUAAGAAGGCUAGGCUUCUGCCGGAAGGGGAGGAGACGGUGGAAUCCGAUGAUGAAAAAGAUGAGCAUACUUCUAAAAAGCGCAAAGUAGAACCAGGAGAAACAGCAAAGAAGAAAAAGUAGAAAACAAAUGACAAGAAUUUCUGGACUGCGAAACUUGUUGAAAUGGUUUCUUUUUGGCAGAUUAAGUUGGUGUUGUAAAUUAUUGUGAUCCAACAUGUCCAUGAAAAUACGUGUUAAUUAACUAAUAAGUAUUGCUGCAGGAACUUUCCACUGUAGAAUUCAUUUCUUAUUUAAAACUUGUAUGUAUUUAAAACUGAAAUGGUGAUUGUGAUUGUGAAAUUGACAAUACUUGGAAGCAUUCUUGCUAUCACGGAAUUGGUGACAUGCUUUGAGAGUUUUGUCACGUUGACAUGCCAACGUUCUAUGAACCUUUUAUAAAGGAAUAUAUUUUUAAAGUAAAUAUAUUGUAAUGUACUGUGAACUUGUAGGGUGCUUUUCAACAGUGUUUGUACAGUGUAAAUAGAUCAUGGAAAUAAAAUUACUUAUUCAGUAUUAG